CAAGACCAAAACCCAAAGAGGAUCUCUCUCGUCUCCUCCAACAAAAGAAGAAAACCCUUUUACCCUUUUCUUUCAACCGUAAACGAUUUUCAAAGACGGUAGCUAAGACGGCGGCGAUGGCGGAUAUUUUCCCACCUCUAGUGACGUCACAAAUCGAUGCGAAGCCUAAAGUAGAUGAGAAAGUUGAUUACUCGAAUCUCCCUUGCCCUGUUCCAUAUGAGGAACUCCACCGUGAAGCUUCCAUGUCUUUAAAGGCUGAUAAUUUCGAGGGUUUACGUUUCGACUUUGGCAAAGGGUUGAAUCAAAAGUUCUCUCUCACACACAGUGUAAUGAUGGGGCCAACAGAAGUUCCUUCUCAGUCACCUGAUACAACGAUCAAAAUUCCAACAGCUCACUAUGAGUUUGGUGCCAAUUAUUUUGACCCAAAGUUGAUGCUUUCUGGAAAAGUUAUGACUGAUGGUAGACUCAAUGCAAGACUCAAAGCUGAUUUUACUGAUAAGUUGAUCUUAAAGGCCAAUGCUCAGUUGACAGGUGAGCCACAUAUGUCGCAUUCAGUGUUCAACUUUGAUUACAUGGGAAAAGACUACAGAGCCCAACUUCAACUUGGGAACAGUGCUCUAAUUGGAGCUACCUAUAUUCAGAGUGUGACACCACGUCUAUCUUUAGGUGGGGAAGUUUUUUGGGCUGGUGUGCCUAGGAAGUCGGGUUUAGGUUACGCUGCAAGAUACGAAACUGAUCAGAUGGUCGCAUCUGCGCAAGUUGCUAGCACUGGUCUUGUAGCUAUGAACUAUGUUCAGAAGAUUUCAGAGAAGGUUUCACUAGCCACUGAUUUCAUGUACAACUACUUUUCAAGAGAUGUUGUAGCUAGUGUUGGGUAUGACUACAUUCUCAGACAGUCUCGUGUGAGGGGAAAGAUUGAUUUCAACGGAGUUACAUCAGCUCUCCUGGAAGAAAGGUUGAGUAUGGGACUCAAUUUUCUUCUGUCUGCAGAGGUUGACCAUAAGAAGAAGGAUUACAAGUUUGGAUUGGGUUUAUUAGUCGGCUAAUGAAAAGAAGGAAGCAGCACGCAAUAAAAGCACUGGCUCUAUAUACACGCAGCGCAUAUUGCAUCAGCAUCCUACCCCGGGGAAUUCUGUUAAAUUAUUAUUUGUAUUUCCCUCUCAAGAUUUCAGUUUAGGCUUUUUGAACAAAACCGUAAGGAAGAAAUGUUUGUGUUUAUAUUUUUCGGUUUAGGAUUUCUCUCUAGGACCUUCAUUAAGAAAAAAGGUCAUUACUAUUUUUGAUUUGCUGUUACAGCUAAAAAAAUAAUCUAUUCAAAUAACCUCAAUUUAGGCCUGGACAUCCGGAUUCUUGGUCUUGUCGGAUUCGGAUCUUUCGGGUUUGAAAAUUU